UCAGCUGUGAGACCAUGUGGGUGUGGCCGGUUGCAGAUACUCUCGGUGGAUGAUUUGGACAGAACACUCCCUGAAGGAAAAGGAGAACUGUGCCAUCUCAGAGGGCAUUUUCCAAGAGGAAGUGAGUCACACCUGGACUGGCCGCCAGUCUUCAGGAGAGGUUUCUUGACUGAAUUGCGGGCUUCAACAGACCACACCAAAAUGCCGUCUCAAAUGGAGCAUGCCAUGGAAACCAUGAUGUUUACAUUUCACAAAUUCGCGGGGGAUAAAGGCUACUUAACAAAGGAGGACCUGAGAGUACUCAUGGAAAAGGAGUUUCCUGGAUUUUUGGAAAAUCAAAAAGACCCUCUGGCCGUGGACAAAAUAAUGAAGGACCUGGACCAGUGCAGAGAUGGCAAAGUGGGCUUCCAGAGCUUCUUUUCCCUAAUUGCGGGCCUCACCAUUGCAUGCAAUGACUAUUUUGUAGUACACAUGAAGCAGAAGGGAAAGAAGUAGGCAAAAACGAGCAAUUCCCUCCUCCCUGAUAAGAGCUGUCCCAAAGGGUCGCUUGAGGAAUCUGCCCCACAGCUUCCCCCAUAGAAGGAUUUCAUGAGCAGAUCAGGACCCUUAGCAAAUGUAAAAAUAAAAUCUAACUCCCAUUUGACAAGCUGAGAAAGGAAAGUUAAAUACCAGAUAAGCUUUUGAUUUUUGUAUUGUUUGCAUCCCCUUGCCCUCAAUAAAUAAAGUUCUUUUUUAGUUCC